ACAGAAGAGUGCUAUUGUAACAACCCGUCGUUUUGACGCAGGUUUGCAGCUUUGUACUAAGAAAUUUGACAUUUAUUUUUCAUCGAAAGGUUCAAGAUCCGAUAAAGAUAUUGUUUUCUUGGGUCUGAGGCAUACGAUGGGGCCGUAUAUAUGCUAACUCCUAGCUUGUCCUCUUUAAGAAGACGGCUAUAAUGAGCCUCAGUCGUCAGCCCUCGUCCUCGGGAAAACAACCCCGCCAGCAAAUACACAAUGUCGGAACUGCAAAUAUCAACACACAGGCUGCACUAGCUGCGGCAGGGAGCAGUAAUUCAGACCUUGCCUCCCUCUUUGAAUGUCCUGUCUGCUUCGACUAUGCACUGCCACCCAUCACCCAGUGUCAGAGCGGCCAUAUUGUCUGCCAGGCCUGCAAACAGAAGCUAAACAUGUGUCCAACAUGUCGCGGACCUCUAGGCAACAUCAGGAACCUGGCCAUGGAGAAGGUGGCCACGACGGUGAUGUUCCCCUGUAAAUAUUCCUCCAGUGGUUGUCCUGUUACCCUCCUCCACACAGACAAACAGGAGCACGAAGAAACCUGUGAAUACAGACCCUAUUGCUGCCCUUGUCCUGGAGCCUCGUGUAAAUGGCAGGGGUCUCUGGAGCAGGUUAUGCAGCAUCUGAUGCAGCAGCAUAAAAGUAUCACCACACUGCAGGGUGAGGACAUAGUAUUCCUCGCCACCGAUAUCAACCUCCCCGGAGCAGUGGACUGGGUCAUGAUGCAGUCCUGCUUUGGUCACAAUUUCAUGCUGGUCCUGGAGAAACAGGAGAAGCUGGAAGGUCAGCAAAUGUUCUACGCCAUUGUGCAGCUGAUUGGCACACGCAAGCAGGCCGAGAACUUUGCAUACAGACUGGAGUUAAACGGUCAUCGCCGACGUCUGUCCUGGGAAGCCACCCCCCGUAGUAUUCACGAUGGCGUACAGUCCGCCAUCAUUGCCAGUGAUUGCCUCGUGUUCGAUACAAACAUUGCCCAAUUAUUUGCCGACCAUGGCAACCUUGGCAUCAAUGUCACCAUAUCCAUGUGUUGAAGGGCAGAGCUCUAGAAUUGUGAGGAAGGCAAACCAAAGACAGCUAUAGUGCCCUUGUGUCUUAGUAUGACAUUGAAGCUGUGGAAUAAUAUGUAAAUAUAUAUUCAAUGAUUUGCUUUCCUUGGUCAAGGUGUGUUUGGUGGCUUGCAUUAUCGUAUCAUCAUACAUAUUCAUCUGAGCCAGAUCUUCCAAAAGAAAGGUUUUAAAGAUCUGUAUUUUAAACAAAGGUUUCACAUGGCCAUAGGAUGGGAAUUUCUUACUGAAUAAAAUGUGAAGAAGACCAGUAAACCAAAGAAAUUUGACAUUGAAAUUUCAGGUCUUGGACAUAAUUUAGGCAGGGAUGCAGUUUUUGUAUGGGCUAAUACUGUUUUGAUUAUAAAUGCCAAAAGAAAGACAAUUAAGUACAUUAAAAAAACGCAUUACUGUAGAUGUAAAGAAUGACCAUGGAAAGCAACUCUUGGAUUUUAUGACUGUCAUUGAAAACAAGAAAGAGAGAAAGGAUGAGAGAGAGAGAGAGAGAAAGAGAGAAAUGCAUUUUCAUCAUUGUUCAAAAGCUAUAAAGAAUGGCAUGAAAGGAUUAUUUAAAUAGAAAUAUAUGUACUUGUGAAGCCUGUUGCUGUGGCACUACAAGUAUAGCUAUAGUGUAUAACCAGAGUUUUACAAUACACUCUGAUUAAAGAAGAAAAUUACUGGACAUCAUAUCCUUCAUAUUUAUUGAUUAUUUUGUUAUAUUUCAUGUGUUGUGUAUGUAUAAAAUGAUGAGAUCAUUUUACUGUUAUACAUUUUUUUGGGAGGAAAUCUCUUUGUUGCUUUAUAAUUUUUUUUUCUGAAGCCAAGAUGAUCAUCCUUGGUGUAUUAUUGUUAAAGUAUGAAUGUAUACAACUCAUAUAGCUUCUAUUUUAACCCCAUAUAAUGAAGUUUAUAUAACUUGGGGACAUGGUAAAAGCAAAAAGGUGAAUGCCUCAAUUGAAAUAUAUUUUUGAAAAUUUUUUGGUUUUGAGUGAUGAAAAUAUCAAAUUUUUGAAAAACAUAAUUAGGAAAUUGUCAGCUUGCUAUGUUUAUGCAAAUCUGACCUUUUUUGCCACUCGAAUAAAUCUAUAAUCUUUGCAUCACUUUGUAAGACUUUGAAUGAAAACUUUAAAUCUUUGCGGCUACACUGUAAGCUUACUGUAAAUGUAUUAUAUUUGGCGUGUACGAUAUUUCGCGGAAACUGUCUUUUGAACAAGUUAGCGUAGAUUUGAUUUAGCGUAUUUCCUAAUGUUCUUAUUUAUGAGUAUAUGUGUAAGACAUUUAGCGUUGUACUUGAAUUAGUGGAAGUUUCUUUCCGCCAAAAGCGCUAAAAAGAAUACACAGCCAAAUAUAAUACAUUUACAGUAUUCAUUUCACAUAUAUUGCAGAACAUAAUUUAAGAUGUUUAUUCCAUGAUAUCUGAUAAAAAUGCAUAAUCUGUCCUCAUCUAGAUUUUGAAUAAUGCGUAAAACACAAGCACAUAAAGAAUAUUGGGCAUAUAAGUGUGUGUAUGCUUUUAAAUUUCAAAAAAUAUUUUUAAAAUUUUAUCUUUCUGUACACCUUAACAAGAACCCCUAGUGAGAGGGGCUUUAGUGCUAUUUAAUUGUUGAGCAAUUUGGGAAAUGGAUCCGUCCAAUUUUAAGUUUCUUCUGAUAUUGUUCACAGGAUGGACAUGUCCAAAAAACUAAUAAUAAGACAAGAUAACUGAUAGUAUUGAGCUGUAAAUAACUCUUACUUCUGUACAAUAAAAUUUAACAUAUAGACUUAAUAAUAUGAUGGCAUGUUUUGUUCAUCAUCUCUGUCAAUUUGUUACAAUGCAUACAGAUUUAAUUGUAGGGUAACAAAUACAUAAUUUUAAUGGAUUAUAACUCAACACAAAUUUUACAUGCCAUUUAUUGAAAAUGGCUCAUAAGUAACCCUUCCUUUAAGUUAUAGGGAUUUAGUAUCAUGAAUUUAAAAUAAUGGUUUAUUCUCCAUUUUGCUCUUAGUUUCUCCAUUAUUUGGACAUACUUGUAUCAUAAAAUCUGGUCUCAAAUUUAUAAAGUACAUGUAUACCUUUUACAGUUUAAGUAAUACAUUAGUACAGGCUAUUAUACAUCAAAUGAGUUUUUAUAAAGUAGAAUUUUUUUUUCCUGUGAAUGCACAUGGAUAUGAAUGAAAAAAACUUGUAAUAUUUUUUUAUUCAAAAUUACUUUUUAUAAAUUUCAGACAAUACUCAUUUAACAUCGAAAAUAAGAUUGGAAAUAUUUUAGUCUUUUUCCAGAUGUUUCGACACUCAAGCAUUUGAUUUAAACCUUAUUAUAUGUAACCAGUCUGUUUUGUUUGUUCGCAUUCUUAAAAUCGUAUUUUUAUGUCACAUGACAUAAUCCACGAAUGAAAGUUGUUUUUUCAUGAAGUUGCUGUAUAAAGCUUAAACUCGUCAGCACAUCCCUCAUAUUUGUCUCAUUAUCCCUCUGUACUCUUUAGAUUUAUGAUUUGAUAGUUGACCUAUUUUUGCCUUUAGGUCAUACCCUGCUGUAAAUGUUGCUUUAGGGAGUGUUUCUACUUAUAGACUUCUUAAUGUAUGAAAAUAGUUUGAUUUGCUCUUUAAAAAUGUUCUAAUACUUAAAAAUUAUAUACUGUUUGUGAUUUACAAUUAUUUCUGCACUGUUAUUGGUCUGUUAUUAAUCUGCUUUGUAUGUUAGAGUAGUCUUGUAUUCAAGAAAAAAAUGUAAUACAUGUACUAUAACUUAUGUCACAGAAACUUAAUCUAAUUAGGGCUAAAUCUAUUGACUGAGGGUAAAUGUAAUUAAUUUUUCUGUGUUAGUUAAUGGCAACUUCUGUGCAUCCAUAUCUCACAAAGACAUUAAAAUUGUCUGGGAAAAAUGUGAGAUUAAUUCAAAACUGACAGGGCAGCGAUACAUUGGUGUAAUAAAGUGCCAUUCAGUUUUUAAAAAAGUAAAAUGUCACAUGAUCAAUGAAUUUUAAUUUGUCUUUCCACUUCACAGUGACAUAAAAGUAAGCUCCCCAUAAAAUCUAACUGACAGUCAGUACUAAACGUGUUGAUCUAUAAUUAAAAUUUGAUUGACUGAAGUGAACUUUACAGGACCUUCUUCCAUUUGGUAUCACUAUAUUGAUUAUAUACUGAACAUGUAAUUGAUAAUGUGAAUGCUUGACAUGUCUUCAUUAUGAAAUUCAUGUGUAUUGGUUUUUAAAAUGUUUUGAUUUUUUGUAAGUUACCAAUUUAAAAAAAAAAUACAAGAGAUCUGUUAUAUUUGGCAAACACCACAUUCUAACUUUCCUGUCUAUAUAUACAUAAUCAAAAGAAACAAUUAGCAUAUUAAUGGAGAUUGAAAUUUGUACCAAAGUAAAUUUAUUUUAAAAAUUAAUUUCAACAAAUCAGCAUCAUUUUUAGGAUGCAAAUUUUUACUUGCUUCAACUUGUAACUGUGUGCAGUGUGUGAUGUAAUAUUUUAAUUGCUACAUUUUGUGGCAAGAACUGUUCAGGUUACACACACCUUUGCAGAUCAAUGCCACAUUCAACUUUGUUAAAACUGAAAACCCAUAAAAAGUUCAGUUGUGAAUCAACCUACCCAUUCAUAGAUUGGUACAUCUAGUCAUUGCUUGAAAUUUACUUUCAACAUCAUUUUCCUAAGUUUUUUUUUCAUGUUCUGUAAUAUUGCAACUACAUGUAAAUAUAAGCACAUUGCCUUAUUUUCAGUGAAAUAUGGAGUAUUCCAUAUUGUAAUUUAUAAUCUAUGGCUUAUAUUUAUGGAGUUCUGGCAUUAUAAUCACAAAUUCAUUAUGUUGACACCCUUUGACAGAAGCACUUGUAUAAUAAGGGGUCUUAGGUGUGUUGUAUAUAUGCUUAAUAUAAGUAUUGGAGUUACAGCAUUUCCAUUACAUGUAUAAAGUUUUUUUGGUCACUCAUGAAAUCAGGAAUGAGAGGAGAAUGUCUGACAUUUUAAAAACUUGGAAAUGUCUGAUUAUCUAUUGAAAUGGUGGAAAGAGAAUUUUAACAUCUAGCUGUGAUAAUGAAAGUACUGAAAGUAUUGAACAGUUGUCAGAGUAUAGUUUUGUAAAGACUCAUCUUCUGUGUAAUUGAGUUAUCUAUUGUGUCUACAGAAAAAUCUCAACAACAUAUUAUUUUCUGUUUAAAGUAUUAGAAAUUAUUGUCACAGUUAUGUUAAAAGAGAUAUGACACAAAUUUUUCUGUUACUUAACAUUAAAGAAUAGCUUAAUACAAGAUUGAUGUAUGUAUUGGGCUUUUGAGGGAUUGAUAUGUAGACGAUAUAUAAAUCACAAUUUAGAGAUUCCAUCAGUGCCAUUGUCAAAAGUACUAUAAUAGGGUGGUAUUCAUGUUGACUGAUAAUAAAUAAAUUGCAUAUUAUAGAA